AUGAAGCUGCAUCUAGCCUCCUGGCUGGUGUGCACCCUUGCAACCGCUGAUGCGGUCGGGGCGUCCACCUGGUUUAGCAAAGCUGUGUAUAACAAGUGGCACGAGACUGAGCUAGAGCGCUGGCUCUCUGAUCAUGACAUUCCAUACCCAUCUCCCGCAGAUCGCAAAAACCUCGAGAGCGUGGUGAAGACGAAUUGGGACCUCAAGGUCCAAAAGCCACUUGGACAGCUCUCAGACCACGCUGGAGACCGUUGGGAAAACACCAAGGAAUGGGUCUUCGACACGUGGACUGACUCACAGCUCAAGUCUUUCCUCGACCGACAUGGUAUUUCCUCACCGCAGCCACGCAAACGCGACACUCUUCUCAAGACAGCUCGUGAGAAUUACGAGUCCGUUGCAAGAAAGCUGGGCGAAGCCGCCCACUAUCCCGGAAACUGGCUGUAUGAUCAAUGGAGCGACUCUGAUCUGAAGGUGUGGCUCGAUGAGCGCGGAUGGCCUGUCCCUCAGCCUAGUUCACGGGAUCGGUUAAUUGCAGCUGUGCGCCGUAACACGCGCUUGGCCAGUCUGCAAGCAAAGAGCAUCGCCGCCUCGGUCGUCCAUUCAGCCAACUCCGCACAGGAGACCCUGAGCGAAGCCUUGUUCAAUGCUUGGUCCGACUCCGAUCUCAAAAGAUUCUUGGAUGAGCAUGGUUUCCACGUUCCACAGGGCUCCCAACGCAAUGAACUUAUUGCGUUGGCACGGAAGCAUCGUGCAGCUCUUGUCGAUCAGGCCUCUUCAGCUUCUUCUUCUGUUGCCUCGACGGCCUCUGACUACAUCGGCGCUGCAACAUCCAGGGCUGGCAACGAGUAUGCUAGAGCCACCGAUAACGCGGACUUGAAGUCUCGAGAAGCCUUCGAUGCCGCCAUCGACUCCUGGUCUGACUCCCGCCUCAAAGCUUUCCUCGACGCUCGAGGCAUCCCUGUUCCCCAGAAGGGCAAGCGCGAUGAACUCGUUGCUAAGGUGAGGCUGAACAAGCACAAGGCUGCAACGGGCUGGACUGCUUGGACUUUUGACACCUGGGAUACCGAACAUCUGAAGAAGUACCUAUCUUCAGUGAACUCAAAAAUUGCUAAUCGCGCAGGAGUACGCCGUGAUGAGCUCGUGAAUGAAGCGCAGAAGUCCUUUGACAAGGCCACAGCGGCUGGUGGCUCCCAGCUCGCUUCCGCAACAUCUUACGUCAAGGAAGCUACUGGCAACACAAGGGAUGCCACCUUUGAUACCUGGUCCCACUCGGACCUUAAGGAGUAUCUUGACUCCUAUGGUGUCCCAGUUUACCAAGGGUCUACAUUGAAUGAUCUGCGCGCUACUGCCCGACGAAACGCCCACUGGUUCCGAUACGGUACCUCGACUCCUCAGGGAGCGUUGUAUGACAAGUUCAACAACGCCGCGCAGUGGGUGCUAGACCAGUUGAAGAUUGGUGCGGCGAGUGGUAGGGCACAGGGUCAAGAGGCGGCGGAGAAGUUGCAGCAUAAGGUUGAUGAGGAGGAAGAGAAGAUCCGAUCUGAACUGUGA